AACUUUCACAAUUUCAACCAUCUUUUUAAUUUUAAUAGUGGGAUUACUUAUUUGAUUUUAGAUCACUGAUGAUGGACCGAUAGGUUUGAAAACGUUCUGAUGAACUCAUUUUAUUGAAUCCAUUGGGAUUCUAAAAAUUUUUAGUAAAUAUACCUUUUACAUAGAAGUGGUUUUUACUUCAUGUUCCAGUUUGUUUAACUAUAAGGUAUACAGCCAAUCCAGGGAACUACCCCUUUUUAAUUUUAAAUAUUUGUUUGAAAUAAUGUAUCUUAACUUGACCAUCCGGGUACAUAAUAUUCAGUCCGUGAAUAACUAGGUAUGUAGAAAUACCCACUUGGGCACGUUGCAUUUUGCUUUAUUUUUCUCGGUAUAUUCAAUUACCUCUUUAUCAACAUAACAAAAUAGUAGGUGGUUUUACAUUUGAAUCGGGAGUAACUAGAUAUUCAAGUCAAGACUAGUCCGUCAGUUUUUGUUUUAAGGUUAAGAACUAAUAUUCGAGCCGGUAUUUUAACGACUAUUAGGUAUUUUAACUGUUAAAAAAAUGUCGAAUCGUGUUAAACAAAUUAUGAAAAAUGCUUUGGAAGUGUUUAUACAAGACAAUGUGGUAGAAACUCCUAGAGAUAUCAGUGAAAGACAAAGUUUAAUACAACUUGAAGAAAUAAACACUCAUAACAGUAUGAAUGUGAUAUCCGAAAGUGUUUCUACGGAUUUUAUUGAACCAGGUAAGUGUUUUCUGUAAUUCCUUCUAUUUUGACUAGCCAUUUUUUUAAACUUAUUAUUCGAAUUGGGAUAUAAGCCACAAUUUAAGUUGAAAAAAAUUAUUUUAUUGACGUUUGAGAGUAAACUGAAUGUAAAACCAAAUAUUUAUCAUAUCGGGAUAGUAUCAUGAGGUUUUUCUUGGUUUUCCUCGUGAUUUACUAUGGCAUCACUAAGACGAGGAUUUUACUGUCACCAUUGCAUGCGGUUGUCUUUUUAAAGGCAAAUCACAUGCUAUGAUUCUUUGUGACGGAUAUUCUUAAGUUAAAGUUGAUUUCAUGUAAUCGAAUUAGUGAAUCUUUCAAUAAAGUCGUUCCAGGAACGCAGCUCGUAAAUAUAGUCAACAUCAUUUUAAAGUUUUCUGCUUUAAAAUGUAUAAUAUAUGUCUGAAUUGCCGAUAUGAAUGAGACGGAUUAAAUUAAAUUAUUAAAAGAAUUUUUUUACUAAGCAAAAAAAUUUGUUUAAUUUAAUAUUAUAUUGUAUUUAAAAAACGACAUCUGAAGUGGAAGGGGGAAGGUCAAUAAAAUAAUUUGUUUCAACUUAAUUUUUGCCUCAUUUCCCAGUUAGAAUAGUAAAUUACAUAAAUGCCACAAAGAAAUACCCUCAGAUCAAUAUAUUUUUUUUUUAUUUUCAGAGAUAAAUAAUAAAACAGAUAUUUGCACCGAGGAUCGCAAGCGUUUUGAGACAGAUCUUGUAGGAGUAGAUUGUGUUACUGCUAAUCCCGGUCAGUCGACAAGUACUACGUUUAAUUCAACAGACCGUGACCUUAACCAGAUUAGUUAUGAUUUCGAUUCAGACGACAGCAUCAUUGAUCCCGAUUUCUUUGAAAGCAUAGGAUCAUCUUCCGAGGAAAGUGAUGAUCAAGUUACAGUUACUCAAAGGAAAAAAAGGUGCUCAGAAAAAAACAAUAGUAUCAAAGAUGAAAACUUGAACCUCGCUCCAGAUAAAACAGAAAUUGUAUUCGAUCUGACCACAGGAAAAGAUUCGUACAAGACAAAGGAAAAAGAUCAAGACCAUGUUUCAGUGGAAAACGAGCCAAAUAGUACAGAAAAAAAGAAGAAACAGGGAAGGACACGAAAGCAAAGACAAGAAAGUAAAGAACUCAGAAAUGCUGGUAAAAGUUACACGACUGAAAAAGGAAAGGUCGUAAAACCUAGAAAUAUGAGGCCAUUAAAAGCAUGUCGUAUGAAAUGUAAUGAAAGUUUGCCAGAUGAAGACCGGGGUAAAUGUUUUCAAAACUAUUGGAACUUGGGAAGUCGGAAUAGAAGGGCUAACUAUAUUGCUUCUCUAAUUAACAUUAAUCCAAAGAAAACAGAAAAGCUAGGACCAAGAAAAAAAUAUAGAGAAUGUUCAUAUAAAUAUAGCAUCAUUAUUGAUGGCAUACAAAAGCCAAUUUGUAAAACUUGCCUUAUUGCAACCCUUGGCGAAACUAAAGGAUUUAUUGAGAUAGUGGGUGAAAAGAAAAAAAAUGCAUUAUCUGGAAUUAUUUCUCCUGAUAGACGUGGAAUUGCGCCAUCAGGUAAUAAACGCUCUGCGGAAGAAAUUCAAAAUGCCAAAGAUCACAUUUUGUCAUUUCCUAAAUACGAGAGCCACUAUUUCAGAAAUAGGACAUCUAAAAAGUACUUGUCUAGUGACCUCUCUAUUGCUAAAAUGUAUGACAUGUACAAACAAACAGUAGACAAACCCGUUUCAUUAACGUUGUACAAGAACUGCUUCUACAGUUUGAACCUUGCAUUUAAAAAGCCUAAACAGGAUACUUGUUCUAAAUGUGAUAUAUUCGAAACAAAGUUAAAAGUUCUUGAGGAGGGAGAGGAGAAAGAGAAUUUGAGACAAGAGAGGGACAAACACCAUCAGCUCGCAGACGAUGCCUACAAGGCGAAACAGGUGGAUAAGGAGGUUGCGUCUUCAGACACUAAAAAAAGAGCAUACACUUUUGAUCUUCAACAGUGCCUUCCAACCCCCUUUUUAACAGCGAACACAGUCUUUUAUAAGCGUCAACUGUGGACGUUUAACCUUACCGUUCACGAUUUAGCAACAAAUGAAGUUACAUGUUUCAUGUGGGACGAAUCAACUGCUGGAAGAGGUGGCAAUCAGAUAGCUUCUUGUAUUUACCGCCUUUUAUUGGAACUUAAUGAUGUGGAAGAGGUAACUUUCUAUUCAGAUACUUGCGGAGGCCAAAAUAAGAACCAGCAAGUCGCUUUCAUGUUCACUUUCGCUUUCACAAAACUCCCAAAUCUCAAAAUUAUAAAUCACAAAUUUUUAGUAAGUGGGCAUACCCACAUGGAGUGUGAUACAGAUAGAGAAGUGAUUAUAGAGAAAAAUAAGAAGAGAACACAGAUGAAGAUAAAUCACCCUAAUGACUGGUAUCAGAUGGUAAGAUCCUGCAAAAGGAAGAAACCGUUUAAAGUAGUGGUAAUGACACAAAAAGAUUUCCUGGAUUUCAGCAGUCUAGGAAAAGAAGCACUUAUCGUAAAAAAAGUUAAUACCGAUGGAGAAAAGUUCCUGUGGCAGCCAGUGCAGUGGUUCCAGUAUAAUAAUCAAAUUGGAAUAUUGAAAUAUAAACAUGGUUUAGACGUCUCCAAUCCUUUUAAAUCUGUAAAUUUCCGAAGAAGGGGAAAACGCGUUGUACCAAGCACAUUGCCUCAAAUCACAGAUAAGCUUCUGCCAAUCAGUAAGGAGAAAAAGAAGGACCUACUUGAUCUUUUGCCGCUCAUCGAUGAAGUUUUUCAUAACUUUUACCGAAAUUUGCCCACUACAGAUAUGCAAGACUUGGACCCUGAUUUGGAAGAGUUUGAUGCAGAUAAUCAGUAGUUUUUAGUUUUCUUUUUCCAAUUAACGUUGAUUUUACUUUUUAUAAAGAAAUAAAGUAUAAAAAAAUGUUGAAUUAUUUGUCCUGGAAAUUUACACUAAGUACAAUAAGUAGGUAACUCAAAAGACCACAGAAAUUUGGCGUGAAUAAGUGGGUAAGUUAGAUUUUUUUUAAAGUAAGUGACAUACUCAAAGCUCAUAAUUUUGUACGUCAUUCGUUGCAUGAUUACCCACCAAUUUCUACGAAAAACGAAACUAAACUUAAAUUUUUUAUUCUUCAAAACCAAUAAAAUGUUUAAAAUGGCCAUACUGAAAAGUGUGUAUUUUUGACUUAUCGACUUAUUCACAGAUGGUACAGAAUUGGAGUCGUCUCUCCGCUCCUCCAAACAAUGUCUUCGAUC